GGAUUUUCCAAAAGUCUGCUCCACUAUGACUGAACAAAUGCGUGCUUGGACCUUCUCGAAGCGCGGCCGGCCUCAAGACGUUUUGACUCUCGGAUCCGUAGCCAAGCCAACCAUCACGUCUCCUGACCAAGUUCUGAUUAAAGUCGCUUGCACGUCCCUCUUUUCGUCCUACAAAGCCAUCAUGGCUUUACUGCCUGUCUCGGCUAGUCAAAAAAGAAUCCCCGAAGCCGAGUUUUCCGGAGAAAUCGUCGAGUAUGGCGAGAAUGUGCGAGAAGAGCUCAAAGUGCCUGGUGUUGCCGUCUUUGGAUUGACUAUACCCAUGGAACCCAAGACAGAGUUGCUCCGCUUCAUGCGCAACCCUAACGGCACUCUCACAGAGUACAUUGUUAUCAGGCAAAAUCUGAUCGUUCCUAAACCAGCUAAUAUGUCUUUUGAGGAAGCUUCCGGUAUGGCUGGCAUGGGCGCUACAGCCCUUCAGUUCGUCGAUGCAGCCAAGUUGAAUGCGGGAGACUAUGUGCUUGUCAACGGUGGAAGUGGAGCGGUUGGAAUGCUGCUUCUUCAGCUGUUGAAGAAGGUGGUGGGACCGGAAGGCAAAGUCGUGGCAACCUGCUCGGGAUCAAAGAAAGAUGUCGUCUUGCAGUAUGCUGACGAAGCCAUUGAUUACCGUGCCCAUGCGCCAGUACACACCUAUCUCGCCCAAGAGUACGGCACCCGCAAGUUCGACGCUAUCAUUGACGCAGCCAGUACCCAAGAGCUAUACGACCAUUCACCGGAAUACCUAAAUGAAGGCAAACUUUUCCUAGACAUGUCCGCCAAGCACCCUGUUGAUCGAGGCUGGCAGUACAGUGAUCUCCUCCCCCUCAUAGCCAACCAAAUCAAAAAUAACUUUUGGCCAGCCUUCCUGGGUGGCGUUCCACGAAAAUAUAUGUUCAUCAGCGGCACGCCCGACCUAAAGACCCUCCAGAAAAUUCGCGAGCUCAUAGAGGAUGGCACCUUCAAAGGCACCGUCGACUCUAUUUGGGGCAUGGAUGAGGUCAUACAGGUAAGAGAUAGCCAUGGUGAAUAAGCAUCCGUCAC